AUGUAUAAAAUUCCUGAAACUCAUGAUAACUUCUCCCUUUCUAAGAAGGAGCAUGAUGAUUAGACAAUCGGUUGCACCAAUGAGAGAAAUAUCGUUUGCACAUUCUGUAAAAAGAUCAUCAUUCCUCAAGGGAUGGCUAUGAAAGUUGACUUGAUAAAAAACCACAUGAGAGAGUACGACAAUAUAAACACAUACUGGCACUUAGACACAAUUGAUAAGUUUGAAAAUAUAGAGAUCCAUGGAAUCAACGGGGACAUCAAGUACCUCUGCUGCAUUGGAUGCCAGUCGGAAAUCCUCGGAUAUUAGCAAUCUUCAGUACUCCUUAACAAAAACAAAUAACAUUAGUUAUUAUAGGACACUACUUAAAAUUUCAUCGCAUGUUCAAGAGUCAAGUAUGAGAUUUGA